UUCUUUUUUUCGCACUAAUCAAACCAAGAUGUCUCUCCUUGUUCCCGAGAAAGGCCAGUUCCAACACAUUCUUCGUGUCCUCAACACUAACGUUGAGGGUAAGACCAAGAUCAUGUUCGCCAUGACGAACAUCAAGGGUGUUGGUCGUCGUUAUGCCAACUUGGUCUGCAAGAAGGCUGAUAUCGACUUGAGAAAGAGAGCUGGUGAGCUCACCAAUGAAGAGCUCGAGCGUCUCGUCACUAUCAUGCAAAACCCCACCCAGUACAAGGUUCCCCAGUGGUUCCUCAACAGACAGAAGAACUUUGUCGAUGGCAAGUACACCCAGCUCUUGGCCAACGGUCUUGACAACCAAAUGCGUGAGGACUUGGAGCGCCUCAAGAAGAUCCGUGCCCAUCGUGGUCUUCGUCACUACUGGGGCGUCCGUGUCCGUGGUCAGCACACCAAGACCACCGGUCGUCGCGGUCGCGUCGUCGGUGUCUCCAAGAAGAAGUAAAU